UAACUCCAAUGAUAUAGAAAAUAAUUUAAAAGCUAAUACUUCCCCAGGUAAUUGUGACCGUAUUGAAUGCAAUGAAGAUUUGUUGAUUGGUGGUGAUGAAGCGAACAAUAUAACACUUUCUAUUGUAAAAGAUGUAACGUUACCCGGUAAUUCCAAUUGCGAAAUGGUUGAACAAAAUGAUCAUGAUUUUAGUCUAGUAACGGAUACACCUGCAGAUUCAUUUGACCUUGAACUAUUAAAAGAUCCAAAUAAGUGGCCAGCUAUUUGUGAUAAAAUACGGAUGUUAUAUAGUUCAAAAGGGCCCUUAUCAAAUACAUUCAAAACCGUACCCAAAAGAUGGUACAG